GAGGCGAAGGCGGCGAAGCGAGCGGUGGUUGUUGAUUUUACGGCGACGUGGUGUGGGCCGUGUCGGCGAAUCGCGCCGGUGUUCGCGGACAUGUCGGAAGAGUACGACGCGAUGUUUAUCAAGGUGGACGUCGAUAAGAAUGGGGCGGUGAGCGGGGCGCACAACGUGACGGCGAUGCCGACUUUUGCGUUUUAC